AGGGGUGAGGGCUGCAGGGGAAUCUUAUUUUUUCCCAAACGUUUGUGUAUCGACUUCAGCGUACUUCAGGUAUACGUUCAUCUACAGGAAAGGGUGACGGACGCACGAUAGAUGUUAGCACUCGUUUAGUCAGCGCGAGGGGGCUUCCAUCAGUCCCGGCUGCUUUUACGCGCGCGGAGCUACACAAACUGACCACCGUCAGCAUCCAGCGUGCAACUGGUUUUACACACCCACUCGUGGUUACGCACGACAAACCUCAGAAGAAUAAAAGAGUGCUGCGAUUUUGGCGUGUGUAGAAAAAAAUAAGGAAACAUCAGGGCAGUUUGAGGUGCCCUGUCGUUUCAAGGGUAAUCUUUCUAAAGUUUGCGAAGUGCAGUUUUUUGCGGAGACGGGGCGAGCGAGAGGGAGAGACCAAGUGGAAAUGGGAACGCUGCGAGACCUCCAGUACGCUCUCCAGGAGAAGAUUGAGGAAUUACGGCAAAGAGACGCACUCAUAGACGAACUGGAACUCGAACUCGACCAGAAAGACGAGCUGAUUCAGAAACUGCAGAAUGAGUUGGACAAAUACCGCUCUGUGAUCAAGCCCGCCACGCAGCAGGUAACUCAGAAACGCAGCGAGCUGCAUGAGCAGCAGCGGACCAAGCGCCAGGCGAUCUCCGCUGAGCCCACCGUCUUCGACAUCCAGAAGCUCACCCAUGAAACACUGCCAUUCUACUCCAAGAGCCCACAGUCCAAGGACUUGAUCAAAGAGGCAAUCCUGGAUAAUGACUUCAUGAAGAACCUGGAGAUGUCUCAGAUCCAGGAGAUUGUGGACUGCAUGUACCCAGUAGACUAUGGCAAAGACAGCUGCAUCAUCAAGGAGGGGGAUGUGGGCUCGCUCGUUUACGUAAUGGAAGAUGGCAAAGUGGAGGUGACCAAAGAGGGGAUGAAGCUUUGCACCAUGGGACCGGGGAAAGUGUUUGGAGAGCUCGCUAUACUCUACAACUGCACUCGCACAGCCACGGUCAAAACAAUGGUCAAGGUGAAGCUGUGGGCCAUCGACAGACAAUGUUUCCAGACAAUCAUGAUGAGGACAGGCCUCAUCAAGCAUUCAGAAUACAUGGAGUUCUUAAAAAGUGUUCCCGCAUUCCAUGAGCACUCCGAGGAGAUACUAAGCAAGUUAGCUGAUGUCUUGGAGGAGACACACUACGAGGACGGAGAGUACAUCAUCCGACAGGGAGCAAGAGGCGACACCUUCUUCAUCAUCAGUAAGGGAAAGGUUACGGUGACACGGGAGGAUCGCCCAGGCGGGGAGCCUAUGUUCCUGCGCUCCCUGGUGAAAGGGGACUGGUUUGGAGAGAAGGCGUUACAGGGAGAAGACCUCAGGACUGCUAAUCUCAUCGCAGCUGAAGCAGUCACCUGUCUGGUCAUCGACAGAGACUCCUAUAAGCACCUUAUUGGGGGACUGGAAGAUGAUCCCAGCAAAGGACCGGAGGAUGCUGAGGCCAAGGCAAAGUAUGAGGCGGAGAACACUUUCUUCUGCAGCAUCAACCUGCCUGACUUCAACAUCAUCGAUACGCUAGGGGUUGGAGGAUUUGGCCGAGUGGAGCUGGUUCAGCUGAAGAGUGAUGAGUCGAGGACAUAUGCCAUGAAGAUCCUUAAGAAGCGCCACAUAGUGGACACCAGACAGCAGGAGCACAUCCGCUCAGAGAAGCUCAUCAUGCAGGAGGCCCACUCGGACUUCAUCGUCAGAUUGUACAGGACAUUCAAGGAUAGUAAAUAUCUUUACAUGCUCAUGGAAGCCUGCUUAGGAGGAGAGCUAUGGACCAUUCUCAGAGACCGGGGUUCAUUCGAGGACUCAACAACCCGCUUCUACACCGCAUGCGUGGUUGAGGCUUUUGCUUAUCUGCAUUCCAAAGGCAUCAUCUACAGAGACCUCAAACCAGAGAACCUGAUACUAGACCACAGAGGCUACGCUAAACUAGUGGACUUUGGCUUCGCCAAAAAGAUCGGCUUUGGGAAGAAGACGUGGACGUUCUGUGGUACGCCAGAGUACGUCGCCCCAGAGAUCAUCCUGAACAAAGGCCAUGACAUCUCCGCAGACUACUGGUCUCUGGGCAUCCUCAUGUAUGAGCUGCUUACGGGGAGUCCACCGUUUUCCGGGCCAGAUCCUAUGAAGACUUAUAACAUCAUCCUAAGAGGCAUCGACAUGAUCGAAUUCCCAAAGAAGAUCACAAAAAAUGCUGCCAACCUUAUUAAGAAGCUAUGCAGGGAUAAUCCGUCUGAAAGACUGGGAAACUUGAAAAACGGUGUCAAGGACAUCCAAAAGCACAAAUGGUUCGAGGGCUACAACUGGGAAGGACUACGGAAAGGCACCCUCUCACCACCCAUCAUCCCCAAUGUAACCUCACCAACGGACACGAGUAACUUUGAUAGUUUCCCAGAAGACAAUGAGGACCCACCCCCUGAUGACAACUCAGGCUGGGACAUGGAUUUCUAAACCCACCUUACACGGAGAGACUGACAGACACAGAUCCAACUACAUGUGCAUACAUAUCUACACACACACACACACACACACACACAGAAAAACUAAAACUGUUACUGUAUUGCCUGGGUUAGAGAUUUCAAAGGCAGUUGUGUUAAAAGAGAAGAUGGAUAUGAAGAGGAUGAGGCCACCAAUAUGCCUUCACACUGGGAAGCGAUGGCACUGGGAGUGAGUUAAAGUGGGAUUUCAGGGCUUGUUCACAUGUCUAUACACACACACACAUACAUACACACACACACACACCUGCACACAAACUCCAAAAGUAGCUCAAAUAUAAGCGAUGCCUAUCAAAGAGUGUGAAUGGGAGACCGCGUGGGAAUGUAUGUUAAUGUGUGAAAGGGAGAGACUAUAUUUGCUUAGUUCGCGUGAGUGGACGGUUUGUGUAUAUGUGUGUUCUAUUUAGGUCUUUGUGUGUGGAAGCUAUUUACUGUAUGUCAGGGUAGGGUGGGUAGGGGUUGUUUCAUAAGGACCUCAAGCAUGUUUCCUAUGCUGGCCUCUGACUGGUUAGAAACACUGGUUCAUGCACCAAUCUCUGUGAACACGAUGCCUGGGUGUCCAAAAGCUAAGCGCUCAUUGGCUCAAAUCACUGUACGUCUGAGCUCAUCCAACCUAUCAGGAGUGAGGAGCUGGAGACCGAAUUGAAUGUUGUUGCUCUUAAUUUAGUUAUGCAUAUAGCACAUGUACAUAGCCACAUAUAAACACUCCAGUUUGGGUGCAAACACUCACUUACAUAGCGUAGUAGUAUUUAUCUCUUAACAGAAAGAAAAGAAGAAAAAAAAGCACAAGGAUGGUUUUGUUUUUAUUUCUUUUAAGUUUACUUAAAAAUUAAGGGACAGAUUUUAGUUUGACUUUAGUUUUCAUUUACAACUGAUCUUCACAAAUGCUUAGAGGUCAGAUACACUCCCAGUGCUUUUUCUCUCUAUCUCUCUCUCUUAGUUCUGCGCUUCUGUAGGUGUCGGGGAUGAGCCUAUGCUGUGUUGAAUCCCAAUCCUUACAAACACGUGCCUCUCACGUAGAAACCCAUUUAUUUCAUUGUUCCUGGCACUCCUCUGUAGCCACUGUCAUCACUGCAUUGUUUCACGUGUCUCUGGAAGCACAGCCAGGCGGACUGCUCCUUCACUAACCUCUAUCCCACAGGACGACAGAGGAGCCUCCAACCCCAUGACUCCUUUGGAUCACUUAAGGGUGUUGCAGAGACGUGUAAAUAUUUCAUGGCUGUUGUUGACAGUAGCCUCCGUGGUAACGUUUGUUGCAGCUAUAGGGCAGCCAUGACACAUUCUUCCCAGUCAAUAGCAGCUGAUGGCAGCACCCUUCUCUGUGUAAUCUCAUCUGUAAUCGAGUGAUUACAGUGACCAACAAGAACACCUGUGUAUUGUGUGUAUGUUCCAGUGAGCGCCUACGUGACUGGAAUACUUGUUACGCCUGCUGACCUCAGCAGUGUUGUGUAAAGCUAUUGUGCUCAAGUAUUCACACCUAGGAUGUAAGGUAAAUCUAGGUUACAACUGGCCAUGGUCAGUCGGUUAGAAAGUACUUUUGGCCUUAACCAUUUUCCCAGUGACUAGUUUUACCCAGUAUUGUGAUUACAGUGAAACACUUUAAGAUGGGCUGUCCUGAUGAGUGCAAUCACUACAGGCUCACUGUUACCUCACACUGUAAUCCAGAAGAUAUCCCCCCCCAUCCACCAUCAGUGUUAAAGAGGUAUUGCACGCUUAAAUGUGUUUUUCUUUUGUGUUGUUAACUAAAUGAUAUGACUGUACUGUGAUAAAACACAUUAAUGGUGGUGUUAUAAUAUUGACAAAAAACAUUUUACCGGAGUUGAAAGUGGCUCAAAACGCCAUCUACUGGUUGAAAUCAACCCUGAACCUUGCCAGGUCAAUGCUGACGUAGGGUCGAUCGGUUGGUACACAUCUACAUCAUGAAAUGUAUAUGUUAAUGCCUAGUCAUUUUAAUUUGCUGAUCGAGACUCAUCAUUCACUGGAGUUUAGCACCACCCCACCCAACCACCCCCACUCUGUCCCCUUUCCCACUUUUUAGCAUUUGUCAAAAUUAUGCAGUGGGUGGAGUUAGGCUCAGAGCUGGGGAUGAACUUACACUUUAAAUCAAGUGCCUUAAUACAAAUGGCAUACACCCUGAAACGUCAUCCUGAACCAACCUGCACCAACAAAGAGCUGCCUAAUUAACAAUACUUUUUUUUUUUUUUUUCAUUUAUUUGUGUUGGUUUUCCCCUCCUUUUGUGUAAUAAACAAAAACUGAUGUACCAACAUGGUCAAGUGCAUUUCCUAUUCCCCCCCUCGUAUCAGGCAUAGCGUGACAUGAUCCUAAUGCAAAAGUAAAUAGCAUUUCGUCAGCGCUAUGGGAGCCUCUGUGUGGCACUUUGCUAUCCUUCAGAUGGUUUUGUUCUGUUUGCGGUAAAAUAGGAGUUGCAUUUGACAACUAUGACUAUAUCUGCCCUGGCUGCAUUGAGAUGCUCUCCUCUGUUCAACAUUCAUCAUUCCCUUUCAAAUGAUGGUAAGACCUGAGGACUGACCCAUUUAUGCUCUAGAGCCCUUUCAUGUAUUUUCCAUUAUACCACAAUGCAUGCACUCGGUCCAAAUGAUGGUGGAUCCAUUCAUGUCUCCUGUCUCUAAUCCCAGUCAACGAGGAGCCAGCAGUGAUGAUUUGCAGACUUCAAGCAUUAAAAGGGAUCAAGUCCCCACUUAGCAUGUAAUCUCAUUCUUCAUCAUUUAAUUUUGGUUCCAGGGAAAGAAAAAGGUCUAGAGCUUAUCAGUCCUUGUAUUGUCUUCCUGUGGUCACUGUGCAAUGUUCAGAUGCAGAGAAGACCAGUAUGGUCUGGAACCCUUUGUGAGAUUUGCGGCCAUCUAUCAGUCCUCCAGUUCUACCUAUGAUAUUAAAAAAGAACAAACAUUGCUACUUGUUGUUUUCUCAGGGUCAACAAUGUCUGAAACAUCUGAACACGUUUGAAGCAUAGAGAUACAGAUGGUUAGGAUAAAACAUGUUUGACGCAGGCAUGAAGAUUUGGCAGACAUUGGCUAAACUCCGCAUCGUCUGCAAUCCUUCAAGAUACAGAUCAGAUGUACAGUACAAUUUGAUAUGGGGUUUUCAUGUGUGACAAACGAUACGGAAAAUUUCUGUCCCCAAAUGUGCUUUAAUACAAUGCAAACCAAGCAAUGACAUAAUGCAGGAACUUUAUGUUUUUUUCUUCCCUGAAGAAGAAUGUUUGUAUUUACUUUCUCUCUCAUUUUGUUUGUCCACCCCAAGCGAUGUUUUGGGUAGCUACCCUUGCGGAGUGCCUGGUGUAAACUUUAUAAACGCUGAAAUAAAGACUAGUUACUUUUC